AUGCCACCCCGCCGUAACCCCUUCAUGAUUCUUCAGCUCAUCGAACUCAAGGCAGUCGUCGAGGCCAUGCUGUCCGAUCUUGAAGCUGAUUGGGCACGCGGACAUCGCAGCAGGACCGAUCUUGAGGAAAUGCACAGCUUCAGAAAUCUCCUGGCGCACGUUUGUCGUGAAAUAGAGGUGCGGCAGAGAACGGGCCCUGGACUUCCCAAGCUCUAG